GUGCCAGCAAAAAUAUGGAUGCAUUCGGUCACACUUCGAAUACCAAUUCACUAACAAAAAGCGCGCAUUAUCUAUAAGUUUACUGGAAACUCCAAAGUGGAAACCUUAAAUAUAUAAAAAUGGCUCUUGUUGACUAUGGAGAUAGCAGCUCCUCCACCUCAGAAGCCGAGGACCUCUCAAGCAACAUCCCAGCAACGGUCCCACUGAAAAGAUUUGCUUUGCCCACAGCUGAAGCGCUUUUGGGUUCCAAAAAACACAAGCCGGAAGAGGUAGUUGAUGAUCCUGCCCAGCACGGUGGACGGAUCCGUAGUUUUAAGCACGAACGAGGCAACUGGGCCACCUACAUCUAUGUGCCGGCUGGGGCCUGUGCGGAACAGCUUGAGGAUUUCCAGGCCGAAGCCAUUGCCAAAUUAGCGCCCCAAGUCGAGUUGACAGCCAACGAGUCGUUGCAUCUUAGUCUUAGCCGGACUGUAGUGCUUCAGCAUCACCAGAUAGAUGAGUUCUCGAGAUCACUAAAGACUGCUCUUCACAGCUGCACUGGCUUUUCAGCCAGCCUGAAUGGCCUUCGGAUAUACACGAAUGAUGAGUCCACCAGAACUUUUGUUGCCGUCCAACUGGACGCGGCCUUCAGGGACAAGGCAUCGAUGCUCCUCAAUCCCAUCGACUCAGUGAUGCUGGAAUACAGGUUACCUCCAUUCUAUGACCCGCCAUCUUUCCACGUUAGUCUGCUUUGGUGCGUGGGCGAUCAGACAAAAGUUCUUACCGAAAAGUUGGAAGAACUGCAAGAGUUGCUUGCCGAUCAGGACACCCUACCACUGCCUGUCACUGAUGUCCAUUUGAAAUGUGGCAAUAGGGACUUUUCCUAUAUUUUGAAAUAGGUCAAGUUGAACUUGGAUGACCAGUUUUUUUUGUUAUAUAUAACCUGGUUAAACCAUGUGAGACUUAAUCAUGAAUCCUUCAGAAUGAAAAUGUUGAAGUGGGGAGUAUAAAGAAUGUAUAAUUAUUAGUUAUUCAAGAUAAAAUAUAAAAAGUCUAUUAAAAUAUCCUUUAGUUCUGUC